GAGAUUUUUAUAAAACUUACACUCAAACUUGUGCCCAGAUGGUCGAUUGUUAAUGGCUUUGCUUUGGCUCCAAACAUAUGGCAUCGUCAAGUCAAGAAGACCCAAUUAAGCUUUACAUAUCUAGAAGAAGAUAAUCUUGUUAAAAAAAAAGGAUAUUUUUUCUAUUCGUUUGACUCCAAUGACUCAGUCUUAUUCAUACGAAGACUUUUCUUCCAUACCCUGCAAAUUCAAAAGCGCUUUACACACAGAGGGGAUAAUGUUUUGAAGUCUUUUUUGGGGCAGUGGCUUAUAUGGGUCUUCCCUUUACUUCCACAUAUUUUGUUCUCUGUCAAAUUUAGGACGCCAAGUUUCCCAAACCAGAUCAUCAAAGGAGCUAUGAAGUGCUUCCCAUUCUCAGUUGGUGAGAAGAAAGAAGAUCCCAAGAGUGCAAAAUCGAUUUUGGGUCAGUCCUACAAUUCAACAUUCACGGAUGGUGAAAUGAAAAGAUCUGGCUCUGAAUUCAACUCCCAAAAUGCCUCUGAUGGAAGCACUGAAUCCUCAAGACGCCAAUCUUUUCCUAGUUUCUCCCAAAGACCAAGCAAUCUCAGAGUAUUCACCAUGCCGGAGCUGAAAUCCGCCACAAAGAAUUUCAGCCGCUCUGUCAUGGUUGGAGAAGGUGGCUUUGGAUGUGUCUACAAGGGGUUGAUAAAGAGCACAGAAGAUUCAUCCCAGAAACUUGAAGUUGCAGUGAAACAACUCAGCAAAAGAGGGUUGCAGGGGCACAAGGAGUGGGUGACAGAAGUGAAUGUCCUUGGGGUGGUAGAGCAUCCCAAUCUUGUCAAAUUAGUUGGCUACUGCGCUGAGGACGAUGAAAGAGGAAUUCAACGCCUUUUGAUAUAUGAAUUCAUGCCUAAUGGAAGCGUGGAAGGACACUUAUCCGCUCGUUCAGAAACACCGCUUCCAUGGGCCAUGAGAUUGAAAAUAGCUCAGGACGCUGCUCGUGGCUUGGCACAUCUACAUGAAGAAAUGGACUUUCAGAUCAUCUUUCGGGAUUUCAAAUCCUCAAAUAUCCUUCUCGACGAGCAAUGGAAUGCCAAGCUAUCAGACUUUGGAAUGGCAAGGCUAGGGCCAACAGAAGGGUUGACUCAUGUCUCCACAGCGGUUGUUGGAACCAUGGGAUAUGCAGCACCCGAGUAUAUUCAGACUGGACGUCUUACAUACAAGAGUGAUGUAUGGAGCUUCGGCGUCUUUCUUUAUGAGCUUAUCACAGGUAGGCGCCCUAUAGAUCGAAAUCGCCCAAAGGGUGAGCAGAAGCUGUUGGAAUGGGUGAAGCCUCACCUAUCAGACAUAAAAAAGUUUCAGCUCAUAAUAGACCCAAGGCUGGAAAAGAAAUGUUCACUCAAGUCAGUACAAAAGCUUGCAGUUAUAGCCAACCGAUGCUUGGUCAGACUCCCAAAGAACCGGCCAAAGAUGAGUGAAGUGUUGGAAAUGGUGAAUAAAAUAGCUGAAACACCCUCAAGGGCAGGGAGCCCGCCACUUCAAUUGAAAAUGGCGUCGAUGGAAUCUGUUAGAGAUGAAGAAACCAAGAACAAAAGGAGAAUUUCAGAUGCAAAGGGUGCAGAAAAUGGCUGGUUUUCUCGCAUGUGGACGCCAAAGCUCCUAAGGACAUGUUGAUCACAGCAACUUAUGCAAAACUUGGCAUUGUAGUCGAGGCAUGGAUUGCGAUUAGGCAUGAAGAAAACAUGACUCUGCUUGUAUAUCCCAAGAGAAAUUUUUCAUAAUACAUAAAGCUUGCUUGGUGUGAGAAAAAAAAAUAUAAUGUCUGGCAAUUUCAGAUUUGGCUAAGUGGCCAUUUGCAUAGUGGAAGGGAAGGCGAACCAAGAAGUUUCUUCCGCUAAAAGAAUCCUCAAGAGCUAGAGAAGGAUUGGUGCUGAUUCUUGUGGAAGACUUAUGUGACACUCAGAUUUUACUACCAAGUCUGUAAAUUGCCUCAGAUUUCUUUAGUUAAAGUCUAAUUAUAUAACAGCCAAAGUUGCCCUUAGAGAGAUUAAAAGGUAAGUCUUUCAAAUAGCAUAAAGAUGCCAUUUUUAGCUCUUUACUUUUGUUAGAAUCUCUUCAUUACUUCAAGUUUAUCUUAACAAACACCUUUGCCAAAUCUUUUUGUCAAUAUAAUGCUUGUAUGUUGUUAUAGAA